ACCCAAACCUGCUUGCAAAGGGCAGGCAGUCUCAUUCCGGGACAAGAGGAAGUCAGUCUCCACUCCCUGGGCCCGUGCCUCUCUGCCCCCUGCCCAGAGGAAGGGGGAAGCCAGGGCCCCCUCUGGGGGCCCAGGCCCCCAAUCCCUCCCAGCAGAGGAAGCCAAGGGUGGUGCAGAAACCAUGGAAACCAGCCAAGGCAGCAGCCAGAGGAAUCAGCUCAGACAGCAGGAAGACACAUCCAGAGGUCCCCUGAGAAGUGUGAGCAAGCCUCGGAAGGGCUGCGUGUGAAGAAGCCCUGGUGCACAUGCUCUGUGCCUGGUGGAGACCAUCUGCUUUAUCUGAAGACUUUCAGAAGCUGAGGAGCCGGGAAGCUCAAACACCACCUUGUCUGAGUCAGGGACAAGUGACUUGAAGUGCGCGCUCUUUCUUGGCAGGAGCAGGUCUCUCUGGAGCAGGAUGGCCCAGGAGCUCAGCGAGAAGGAGCUAUUGAAGAUGGAGGUGGAACAGUUGAAGAAGGAAGUCAAGACCCCACGAACCCCGAUUUCCAAGACAGGAAAGGAAAUCAAGGAUUAUGUGGAGGCUGAAGCAGGAAACGACCCUCUCCUCAAAGGCAUCCCUGAGGACAAGAAUCCCUUCAAGGAGAAGGGCGGGUGUGCGAUAAGCUGAGGGCCCUGGGGCCCCGCCCCCCGACCAUCUGUCCCUCCUCAGCCCCGCUCUUCACCGGGAACCCAGUGUCCGGGGACACCCAGGGACCCGGGGACUCUCCACCCUCUCUCGGCCACAGCAGGAGUAGACACCUGGCCCGUGCACUGGGGAGCCAUGCCCCACUCCCACCUUCAGUUCUCCUCUCCUCCACCCGCUGGGUCACUGGGAGGCCCUCAAGGACAGCUUCUCGGGCUCAGCAACUGGCACCUUCUGUGGUGGGGUCCCAAGAGCUGGCCACGCCCUGAGACCCCGGACAGCACCCUUAGAGACCUUUAUCCCUCCCUGGAGCUGUCCCGUCUUUCCCUCCGCUCUCUUCCUAGGAGCCAGCAUUCCUACUCAGAGUAGUUUGGGUUGGGGGCCAGAGUGGGGGGGCCCUUCUUCCCCAUCUCACGUCUGACCCUGUGGGCCUCCUCCUGGUCACUUAGACCACUCCAGAGGGCCUGACGACAAAAAGAGUUUGUAAAGUCAUGAUGUCAGGAUGUAUGUAAUGUUCCGGAGGGUCUGUUCCGUGCUGGGUCCUAGGGAGGGAAGAGUAGCAGCGCGAACAUGGCGGGAACUGAGUUUGCAAUGAAGUCAGUGAGCUCUGCUCUGCAGAGGGACCGGCAGUGGUGUGGGGCACACAGCAGACAGACAGACGCUCAGGGCCACGGGCAAGGUCCGUGUGAACUGUUGCAGGCCAGUGGGCCGGGGGGUGGGACGGGGCAGACAGAGGCCCCAGAGGGAGAUGCGUGAAGCCUUGAAGGACCUCCUGUGAGCCCAGUUAAGAACUGUGUUCCCCACCCGCUGUAACAGGCAGGAGGCAGCCGAGGGACAGGAUUUGAUUAGCAGGAGGGAGGCUGGUUCCUGCUAAGGAGGAUGCGGAUUCCUGGGCUUUGUUAGCAAGGAGAUUGUAGUUUUUAACGGAACCACAGAAGUGAUGAGGAUGCAGAAGGCAAGCUGAGGACAGAGCACAAGGGGACAGCCUGCAGCCUGCCCCCCCCCCACCACCGAGGGAGCUGCGUGACAUUCCUCAGGCACUCCCCGCUGCCCUAAAGCUAAGGGAAGGAAAAACAAAUGGUUAACUCAUAGAGAUCCCAGUCCUGCAAGACAGGAGUCUCCCUCAGUUUACAAAGGUCUUAGUGAUUUACCAAGAAAAAAAAAAAAACCCACCAUUCUUAUCAAUAACCUAACUUCCAGAAGGAAACUCCCAACUGUCUUACUGUUAAUGCUUUACUAGAGGGAAAAACAAUGACAAUGGCAGGCCUCCAUUAUCUUGUAGGUCCUCUUUAGCAUACAAAAAUUCUUUUGAAAACCUCACUUUUUCCUUACCCCCAACUCCCAAGUAUAUAAUCAAGUCACCCGUCACAACCCCGGGGCAACCCCUGUCCCUGUGCUUUAUUAAAACCACCAGUUUGCACCAAA